AUGGCGAGAGGGAAAGUUCAGAUGAAGAGGAUCGAGAAUCCGGUGCACCGGCAGGUGACCUUCUGCAAGCGCCGGGCGGGGCUGCUGAAGAAGGCGAAGGAGCUGUCUGUGCUUUGUGAUGCUGAGAUUGGUGUCCUCAUUUUUUCUGCCCAUGGAAAGCACUAUGAACUUGCCACCAAAGGGACAAUGCAAGGGCUCAUAGACAAGUACAUGAAUUCCAGCCCGGCUGCCGCUGCGGGUUCGGGUGUGGGCCUGGGUAUGGCUGCGGGUUCGGGUCAGUCAGCCGACCAGUCCAAGGACCCUAAUCAGGAUGCCAAAGAAGAGAUCACCAUGCUGAAGCAAGAGAUCGAGACUCUUCAGAAAGGGCUCAGGUACAUAUUUGGAGGAGGAGCUUCAGAAAUGAACUUGGAGGAGUUGCUGGUGCUGGAAAAACAUCUCGAGAUUUGGAUUUGCCAAAUUCGCUCAACAAAGAUGGAGAUCAUGUUUAAAGAGAUCCAACUGUUGAGGAACAAGGAGGGAAUCCUGAAAGCUGCAAACCAGUAUUUGUUAGAUAAGAUGGAGGAGAAUGUAGAGUUUACUAACAUUCAGGCAGUGAUGGGUAAUAUUCCAUACCCACUAACUGUACAAAACGAAAUCUUUCAAAUUUAG